CCAAAGUGUUCAAUUCACUUUUGUAUGAAACAAAACUCAGCUGCAAAGAACAGGAGGAAGAGUCAGCAAAAACACAGAGAGACACACACAGAUCAAGAGCUAGAAACAUCCAACAACAACAAAUCAUAUAUAAGCUAGCAAUAUUUGGGCAUGGCAGAUGAAUUCCAAGCUGGGGUUUACGGCGGAAACUGGUGGAAUAAUUCAUGGAAAAGCACGUUGGGGUCGUCGCCUUGUUCCACGGUCAUCAAUGAUAUGGGAAGCUUGGGAUGGGCAACUGACUUAGUGGCCGUGAAGGCGGCAAGGUCUAGUGAUGAGUCUAUAGCCUUCCAAGAUCUGCAAAAACCUCAGCCGUCUCAUGAAUAUUCCAUCGAUGGUGGUGGCACCGUCGUAAUUGAUUCCACCGUGCAGAUGAUGGGUAUCGGCCUUCCAUCAUCCGCAACAAUGGAUUGGAACCAUACUUUACUUAGUGGUACUGGAAGAGCUGAGAACAAUAUUUACCAUCAUCAUCCAUUGCUACAAGAGGACAUGAAUUCGAGGUUGAAUUAUAAACAAACAGGUAUUGAUUGUCCUCAAGACCAAGAUUCAACUAUGAGUACCUAUAAGCCCAUGAAUCAAGGUCUGUCCUUAAACGAGCCAAGUUUAAACUGUGUCACAACCUCCGGUAGUGACUGUACACCAACGUGCCAAGGCUUGCCGACGAGCUUUUCAGUGAGUUCAACUUCAUAUGAUUACCCUUCAACAUUGCUUCAUUCUCUAUUUGAUACUACUGAUCCUCAACCACAAGCAUCUAUAUUUGACAAGCCCUUGAUCACCAAUCCAUCUACAACAAAUUACCGGACAAACUUGGAUGAUAAUUUUUCUCCAACUAUGCCAAAAUUCUCUUCCUUGCUAAAGCCUUCACAACCUACCAGUCAUCUGCACUUCAACAACGACACACCCUUCUGGAAUGCCACUGCUGCACAUCUAAACGACAUUCGAGCAAGCUUUUUUCCUUCAAUGCAAUCACAAUUCCUUGGUUCAACAUUUGAAGACAAACCCAAUUGCCUUAACUCCACUCCCAAGCCCAAUAAUAUUGAAGUUCGAGACUCAAGCUCAGUGGCAAAGAAAAACGGCAAUAUUGAACCUGUAUUCAAAAGACAACGAAUUGAAACACCGUCACCAUUGCCAACCUUUAAGGUCCGGAAAGAGAAGCUGGGGGACCGAAUCACUGCGCUCCAGCAACUUGUUUCGCCUUUCGGAAAGACUGAUACUGCAUCGGUUCUCCAUGAAUCUAUUGAGUACAUCAAGUUUCUCCAUCAUGAAGUCAGUGUUUUAAGUACUCCAUAUUUGAAAAAUGGAGCUCCCAUUCGACAUCAACAGACAUGUGAUAAACUGAAGGAGCAGGAAGGGCCUACGCAAGACUUAAAAAGCCGAGGGCUUUGCCUGGUACCAAUAUCAAGCACCUUCCCAGUUGCUAAUGAGCCUACGAGUGAUCUCUGGACUCCAACAUUUGGAGGGAUAUUCAGGUAGAGAGGAGAUGGAGGAGCUCAACAAGUUUUCUCUACAAUUAGUAUAAUAUCAAUCACAGCCAACUUAAUUAAUUGGCAUAAAUUCAUUGACAGAGGAAAAAGAAAACGAAAAGGAAAAAAAAAAAAUGUCACAUUGGUGUAGUUGUAGACAGAGAAAAAGGGAGAAAGUGAAAGAAAAAAGAAGUGAGGCUUGGAAGGAUGAAGGACAACAUGCUGGGCCAGCUACAAGCAGCAGAAUGAUACAGGCUAGCAAAUGAUUAGGUACCAUUGAAGGAUAAUAUAUAUUGUGCUGUAAUAAUAUAUAUGUAUUAUAUAUAUAUACACAUAUAUAUAGGAUAGGAACAGAAACAGGUGCUAAAUUUAGCGGAUGUUAGGUAGUCUCCUGAGAGAAUAUUUAUUGUUAGUUAAUGAGCCAAAUUUAGCAGAAGGAAGAUGAUAAAUUUAAGGGACUUCUGUUCCUGUUUCUAUAUGUAAUGUGGGGUUGACAGUUGGUACCCCUUUUGAUUUGAAAAAAAAAAAAAAAAAUUAAAGAA